UCCUGUGCGACGGCUGCGCCCGUUCUCGGGGCAGACCGUCCCGGCGCCGCAGAGCUUCGCACGUGUCCCGGGGCCGUCCGCGGGGGACCUGGCCCGGGAGUGGUCGCCCGCCCGCCCCGCGCCCCCGGCACCGCUUCUAGAAAGGAAAGUCGCCGCCGCUCGCGGUGGACCCGGGCCGCGCCUCCAGUCCGCGGAGCUGGAAAUAGGGAUCCAGCCAUCCCUGGGUCAGGAGGGAUAGAGACUGCACCAUCCACACAGAUUCACAGGCCGUCCUGUAGUGGCCUUGGCUUCAGGAAAGGAGCAUUCAGACGCUUCCGUCAGCCUCCCAGGAUGGCAGCCCCUGACCUAGCCCGCGGAGGUCAUGUUUCUAGGGACUCAAUCUGCCUUCAUGAAGAACAGACACAGGCAGCAGGGAUGGUGGCUGGCUGGCUGAUAAAUUGUUAUCAGGACUCAGUGACCUUUGACGACGUGGCUGUGGACUUCACCCAGGAGGAAUGGACUUUACUGGACCCGUCUCAGAGAGACCUCUACAGAGACGUGAUGCUGGAAAACUACGAGAACCUGGCCUCCGUAGGACAUGACCUGUUCAAACCCAGUGUGAUCUGUUGGCUGGAAGAGGAGUUGAGGGCAGAGCAGAGAGGAGUUCUCCAAGAAUGGCGACUUAAAACCAAAGGGCCAGCACUUCGGCAGGAUAGAUCUUGGUUGAGAACAUCAAAUGAGACACAAACGCAGGCAAGAAGCCACAAUGGAGGGCAGCUCUGUGACCGCACGCAGUGUGGAGAAGCUGUCAGUGAACACUCAGGCCUCAGCACACACGUGAGAACUCAAAAUACAGGAGACAGUUGUGUGUCUAAUCAUUAUGAAAAAGACUUUUUUAUUCCAUGCCAGAAAACUUGGUUCAAAAUUGGAGAGCAGUUUUCUGUGUUGGAUCAGUGUGGAAAAGCCUUUAGCCCUACUCCAAAUGUUGUUUACCAACAAACAUGCACUCGGGACAAACCUCUUGACUGCAGUGACUGUGGGGAAGCAGUCCUUAAUCAGUCAUACCUUCAGGCACGUGUGGGAACUCACAGUGGAGAAGGAACAUGGAACUGGAAGCAGUGUGGGAAGGCUCUCACUCACUCCACAGGCUGUGCCACGCCUGUUGAAAUGCAUGCUGUCAGGAACCCCCACAUAUGUAGGGAAUGUGGGAAGGCCUUUAGACACACUGCCUACCUUACUAGUCACAUGCGAGUCCACACUGGGGAGAAGCCCUGUGAGUUGGAAGAAUGUGGAAAAGUCUCCCCUCUUGCUUCCGGCCUAACUACACUUGUAAGAAUUGAUGCUGCAGAGAAGCCCUGUGAAUGUAACGAAUGUGGAAAAACCUUCACUGGAUGCUCAGGUCUUUCUAAACACGUCCAAACAUGCCCUGGAAAGCAGCUCUCUGAAUGGAGGGACUGUGGGAAAGCCUGCAGUGGGUUUUAUCUACUGAAUGAACAUGUGAAAACUCGCAUGAGGGAGAAGCCUUUUGCAUGUAUGGUUUGCGGAAAAUAUUUUAGAAAUUCCUCCUGCCUUAAUAAUCAUGUUCGAAUUCACACUGGAAUAAAACCCUAUACAUGUAGCUACUGUGGGAAGGCCUUCACCGUGCGCUGUGGCCUUACUAGACACGUACGAACACACACGGGCGAGAAGCCAUACACGUGUAAGGACUGUGGGAAAGCUUUCUGUACGUCUUCAGGCCUUACCGAGCACGUAAGGACUCACACUGGAGAGAAACCCUAUGAAUGUAAAGAUUGUGGGAAAUCCUUCACUGUUUCUUCAAGCCUGACUGAACAUGCGAGAAUCCAUACUGGAGAGAAACCCUACGAAUGUAAGCAAUGUGGCAAAGCCUUCACGGGGCGCUCAGGGCUCACUAAACACACGCGGACACACACCGGGGAGAAGCCCUAUGAAUGUAAGGACUGCGGGAAAGCCUACAAUAGGGUUUAUCUACUAAAUGAACAUGUGAAAACUCACACAGAGGAGAAGCCUUUUAUAUGUAUGAUAUGCGGGAAAUCCUUCAGAAAUUCCUCAUGCCUGAAUAAGCACAUUCAGAUUCACACUGGAAUAAAACCUUAUGAAUGUAAGGACUGUGGGAAAACGUUCACUGUUUCUUCGAGCCUAACUGAGCACAUACGAACUCACACUGGAGAGAAGCCUUAUGAAUGUAGAGUAUGCGGAAAGGCCUUCACCACGUCCUCACACCUUGUCGUGCACAUAAGAACCCACACUGGAGAGAAACCCUACAUAUGUAAGGAGUGUGGGAAAGCCUUUGCUUCCUCCUCACACCUUAUCGAACACAGACGGACUCACACAGGAGAGAAACCUUAUGUAUGUAACGAGUGUGGAAAAGCCUUCCGUGCCUCCUCUCACCUGCGUAAACAUGGAAGAAUCCACACUGGGCAGAAACCCUAUAAAUGCAAGGAAUGCGGGAAAGCAUACAGUAGGUUUUAUCUACUAAAAGAACAUUUAAAAACUUACACUGAAGAGCAGCUUUUUGUAUGUAAGGACUGUGGAAAAUCUUUUAAAAAUUCCUCAUGCCUUAACCAUCACACUCAAAUUCACACUGAUGAGAAACCUUACUAAUGUGAGGAAUGUGGGGAAGCCGUCAGCUACACUCAUUCACGUGGAAGACAUGAAAGACCUCUCGCUCUCCAGAUGCCCAUCACUUGAGGAGUGUGGCCAUCAGCAUCGCAUCACAACCCGGCAGGCAGGAACUCAGCCUGGAGCCCUACAGCAGCAGACGCAGAGAAAGCCCUCACUGUGCUCUCGGGUCUUGCUAAAUAUGGAAGGUAUCCAGUGGAGAGAACCUUAUUGACAUGUGAUAUGUAGCAGCGUUGUUGCUGUUCUGCUCGGUACUUUGAUGAUCCCUCGUGAUCUCACAGUGGAGAAAAACCUUAGGAGGGUGAGAAUUGUUGGGAAGUCAUUCUUUACAUGACAUCCAUCCUCAAUCUUUAGUAAACGAGGGAUUG